GUUUAAAAAAAGGAUGUUUUUUCUUUAGGAAGGUGGUGCUUCCGAAGAGGAUUUACCUGGUGCCAUCUACACCAUAUCCAAGAAUGUCCUCGGGAAGAACAUGACAGAAACAAUAGCACCAUUGGUAAGGGUGCUUCCUAUUGGUAAAGUAGCCAAUGCUCCAGGAGCUUGUACCACACCAGAAGGAAAGCCAGGAACAUGCCAGGAUCUCAGCAAUUGCCCUCAACUUCUGCUCAACCUUGGUGGCUUGAGGCAGAGUAUUUGCUUCAAGAGCCUAUUUGUACCUGGUGUCUGCUGUCCCAACUCUGGUUCUUCAGGGAGUGCAUCCAUUCAACCUAUAUCAACAACAACAAGAAAACCGAUUUAUAUUUCAACCACUUCACAUUAUCCUUCAGUAUCUAUUCCAGAGGUCACACAAGAAAUUACACCAUUUCAAGAUGAAGCAUGUGGAGUACCUGAUGCUCCGAAAUUCCGUGUGGUUGGAGGAACUGAAAGUCUUCCAGGCAGAUGGCCCUGGAUGACAGCAAUAUACCUCCAUGGUCCCAGAAGAACUGAAUUUUGGUGUGGAGGCUCUCUGAUUUCCAUGAAACAUGUUCUGACAGCAGCUCAUUGUACUCGUGAUACUAGGCAGAAACCGUUCCAUGCAAGACAGUUUACUGUGCGGGUUGGAGAUAUUGAUCUGAGGAGAGAUGAUGAACCAUCUUCUCCACAGACAAUUGGUGUUGCUGAGGUCAGAGCUCACCCAAAAUUCUCAAGAGUCGGAUUCUACAACGACAUAGCUGUUCUUGUGCUCGACAGACCGGCUAGGAGAAAUCGCUAUGUCAGAUCACUGUGUCUUCCACCACCAUCAAUGAGUAAUGAAUUAUAUGUUGGAAGGACUCCUACAGUUGUUGGAUGGGGAACAACAUAUUAUGGUGGUAAGGAAAGCCAAGUCCAACGACAAGUAGAGAUACCAGUUUGGAGAAAUGAGGACUGCGAUAAGACAUACUUUCAGCCUAUAAAUGAAAACUUUAUUUGUGCUGGACUGAAAGAAGGAGGAAAGGAUGCCUGUCAAGGAGACUCCGGAGGACCUCUUAUGCUUAGAGACAGAGGAAAAUGGGUACAGAUCGGAAUUGUCUCUUUUGGGAACAAAUGCGGUGAACCAGCACUAACCCUUCCAUUAGCGGAGACCGUCCAUCACUGUCCAGUUUCCAGUCGUGACUCCACUGCCACAGUGAUGGGCAGCUCGCAAUAG